AGGCUGCUGAGGCUGGCUCAUCUCCUCACUUCCAUACUGACUGCAGUCUGUGGGUCUGAUCCCACACCUGAAGGGCUCAGGAUGCUGUUGCUACACGCUGUUCUACUGCUGUUAGUCCUGCCCAGUCAUGGUCAGGACAUCACGACCGAAAAGCCUGGAGUCCUGCCUGCCCUACCCAAGGGGGUCUGCUCUGGUUGGAUGGCAGGCAUCCCAGGGCAUCCUGGACACAACGGGAUCCCAGGCCGCGAUGGCAGAGAUGGCACCCCUGGCGAGAAGGGUGAGAAAGGAGAUGCAGGUCUUGCUGGUCCUAAGGGUGACACUGGUGAAACUGGAGUGACUGGUGUUGAAGGUCCCCGAGGCUUUCCAGGAGCCCAAGGCAGGAAAGGAGAACCUGGAGAAAGUGCCUAUGUAUACCGCUCGGCAUUCAGUGUGGGAUUGGAGACUCGAGUCACUGUCCCCAGUGUUCCCAUUCGCUUUACCAAAAUCUUCUACAAUCAGCAAAACCACUAUGAUGACACCACUGGCAAAUUCCACUGCAACAUUCCUGGGCUCUACUACUUCUCCUACCACAUUACAGUCUAUCUGAAGGAUGUGAAGGUCAGCCUCUACAUGAACGACAAAGCUGUGCUCUUCACCUUUGACCAAUACCAGGACAAGGAUCUGGACCAAGCCUCUGGCUCUGUGCUCCUGUACCUGAAGACAGGUGACCAAGUCUGGCUCCAGGUGUAUGGGACUGGGGAACAUAAUGGGCUUUAUGCAGAUAAUGUCAAUGACUCUACCUUCACAGGCUUCCUUCUUUACCAUGACACCAACUGAUGACCACUCACCCAGAGACUCCCCAGGGCCAAACAACCCAGAAAUCAAAGAAAGGUCCACAGGUUUUCAGUUUGGUUAGGAGACUGAUGUUAUUAUUUAGCCAGAGAGUUCUGAACAUUAUUCAUUUAUUUACUCAUUCAUUCAUCAAGUACUUUUUUAAAAAUAUCAUACACUAUGUUCUUAGUCCUAAAGAUGAUAUGUUCCCUUGCCUCAAAGAUGUGGUAUAUUGUGGCAAUAAAGGGAUAAUAGCAUUUACUGGAGAGCUUCACAUACAUGACAAGAUAACUGACUACAAGAAAGUAUUUAACAGUGUUAUUCUACGCCCACUGUUUCUCUUCGUGUUCAUGUCAAUCCUGUGAGGUAUCAGAAAAGAUCUUACUCUCACCUUUUUGCAAUUGGGGUCCUGAGGCUUAGAGAGUUAAGUCAAUGCCUAUGGUCUCUACUAAGUGGUGGAGUUAGAAGUCACACUCAGGCCCAUGGAACUUUUCUAUUUUAAUGUGUCCUUUUUUAGGAGUGCUUGGUCUCUUUGGGAUGUUGUUUGGGCAUGGCAUCUCUUGUCCUUCUCACCUGAGGGCCACUGAAUUGGUCUUUAUCAUGAGUUAAAUCUUUUCCCAAUAGGGCUCCCUCAGAGCAGGUGGUUCUAUGACCAUGUCCCAUUUUAGCUGGACCACUCAAUGGCCCCUGCACUUUUCUUUCUUCAUGCUCUUCUUUCUAACACAAAAAGCUACCUCCAUUUUCAUAUGUUGAAAUCCUCCCUGUUCCUCAAAGCUGCCUGGUCAGGAAGCUUCUCUGAAAGUUCUGCAAACCUUCCUCACAUACUAUGCUCCUGUGCUUCUUUAGGUAUUAUUCUGAAUGAGAGCCCUGGGCAUGGGAGACAUCUUCCCCAAGGCCAAAGACAACAUCCAGAAAGACCAUAUUUCCUCCAUAUCUGAGUCCCUUUGCAGGUCCUCGAUCAAUGCCUUAUGAAAACCAAUCUCCUGAAUCUCACAUCUACCUAGAAUUAACUCCAUUUCAGUCUUUUCUUGUUGUAUAACUAAUCUUUAGCUACAAAAACAUUGUUAUUUUAGAAACUCCCUGAGUUAAGCACUUAAUCCUUGUUCUACUGUACAGUUUGAAUAAUUUUCACUGAGCUUAGGAAUGAUUUUGCUUUCCAGAACACUUCAAGAAUUCUUCCUCAAGGAGGUAACUUGAGCCUGCAAUGUAAAACCCAUGAAGGAAUUUAAAAUAAUAACUGCUUGAUGUGAUAUGAUAAUUAGCCUGAUUGUGGUGAUUAUUUCACAACGUACAUCUAUAUCAAAUAAAUAAAAUUAUAUACCUUAAAUGUAAAAUAUAUACAAUUUAACUGCAAAAUAUUCCUUGAAAAGAAAAAAGGGAUUACAAAUAGUUGAUAGCGGUAAACAUCCUCUCAGGAGACAAGAACUUAACUAAUGCUCUUCCGAUGUUUUAGCAAAAGCAGAGUUAAUAGCAUUCUGUAUUAAUAUAGAAAUGGAAACCUAUUUUUUUGCUCACAGUUUUAAAUUCUGAACGAUCCCCUUUUAUAUAUGCAUUGCUAUUCAUUGAUUAUUAUUUCUACAUAUAAAAUUUUUUCUUUUAAAAUGAUUUUGUAUUGUUAUUUUCUACAAGUAAAGAUACUGUCCAGCAUUAAA